AUGAACUCGUCACUAGGAUACAUCACCACAUUGCUCUCGCUGUUCCAGUCAGUUUCGGCAAUACCCACAGCACAAGCACCAAAUAAAUUCAACUGGUCUGCCAAGAAAGGAAUAAUCGCAUUCGGCGACUCCUACACCUAUGUACAAGGAACCCACGGCCACCAGAACUACAGCUUUAUAGGCGAUCAAUUCAACUACGCAUACGAUCCAGAGACUCUACUCUCAAACAUGAUUGUCCAAAACCAGGUACACUCCAAUUCUCCAAUUCCUUCCAAGUAUGUAUUAUACCCAAGCGGAAUCCGAACUAACACUCGACCCGAGACCGCAACCGCAGAAGGAGGUCCAAACUGGAUCGAAUACCUCACAAACUGCGGCCUCGAACCCGGAAUGACCUCCCCACGGAGCUGCCAAAAACAGCUUUGGGACUUUGCCUUCGCCGGCGCAGACAUAUCAACCGAAUACACACCCCUCCACCACAACUUCACCGUCUCCCUAGUAAACCAAAUAACCCAAUUCCAAGAAUACGGUCACAGCACCCUCUCCCAACACCUCAGAGAAACAGAAACUCUGAUUGCAAUCUGGAUCGGCAUCAACGACAUCGGCGACAGCAGCAAAUACGCCGUUGAUUUCCCAACAUUCUACGCAAAUCUCACAAACACUCUCUUCACUUCUAUAGACACUUUAUAUAAACUGGGCUACAAAUCCUACCUUCUCAUCAACCUCCCACCACUGGAUCGCACGCCCUCAAACCAGGCGACUAGUACGCCGCAUCCGAAUGCGACGCAGGUUACCUGGUAUAAUGACGCAUUAGCUGCGCAUGCAGAGCAGUUUGGGAAGAAGCGAAAUGUUGAGAUGAGGGUGUUUGAUGCGCAUGGCAGGUUGAGUGAGAUUAUGGAAUCUCCGGGACGGUAUGGGAUUGUGAAUACGACGGGGUAUUGUGCAGGGUAUGAUCAGUUGGAUGUUGGGGUGAAUUAUAAGGAGUAUGGGUGUCCGGUGCCGGUGGAGGAGUAUUUUUGGUUUAAUUCAGGGCAUUUGACUAGUCAUGUCCAUCGGAUACUGGCUGGGGAGAUUGAGAGGUGGUUGAUGAGAUAA